UCAAAGAGGCGGGACAGAUUGCCGCGGGUUCUGUGCCGCCAGUGCAACCGGGAGAUGCGGCGCCGGAGCUGUCGCUCUUACCUGAGUCUCGUCUCCUACUGCGGUUCGUUCUGCGGUCUGGAUCAUGUUGUUACCUUCGGACGUAGCCCGGCUGGUAUUGGCAGGAGGCUCGGGCUUCAGCAGGUUAAGCCUCUUUGUGUGUGGAUGCUGCGCUCCUCAGAGGCUGCGUGGCGAGGAAGGGCUGCACGGAAGCUCGGGGUAGAACGCCUGAGGCCCAGAUUCGGAGGGAAAGUCAGGCCUGCAUACUUAAUUGGGACCCCAGAAGGAGAGUCAUCAACGUGAUUGACGAGCUGCGUGUCUGACCUGGGACCAAAUCAGGAAAAAUACGGAUUUCCUCAGCCACCCAGCUUUCUAGAAAAACCUCCUUGACGCCCUUCUCAUAACUCGCCUCAACUACAAAUCUGUUACUUACAACAGGAAAAUCUCACUUCUACCUGCCAGGCUUUUAUUUUGGAAAGUUCAAAUUUAAAAGAAUAUGCAGAACACUGUACAGAUGAAGGUUUUAUCCCAGCUUGCUUACUGUCCUUAUUUGGAAAAAACUUGACAACAAUCUUGAAUGAAUAUGUAGCUAUGAAAGCAAAAGAAACAUCAAGUGAUGUCCCAGCAAUUAUGUCAUCUCUAUGGAAGAAGUUAGACCAUACACUUUCUCAGAUCAGGAGCAUGCAAAGUUCCCCAGGGUUUGCUGCCAAUCAGAGAGCCCGAACAAGAAGUGGAAUUGCAGAAAUCAAACGGCAGAGGAAACUUGCAUCUCAAGCAGCUCCCAUCAUUUCAGACUUGCUAACUGUGCCGUAUCUUUCAGGACAGUUUACUACUUCUCCUUUGACAGCUACACAAGCUAUUCGGCCAACUGGCCAAAUUUCAACUACUUUAAAGUCAAAUUUUGUCAUUGUCAACCAUUCACAGUCACAAGACACUAUAACCACUGGAGAGGUUUUAAAUACCAUUCCUGGUCCUCAGGAAAGGAAAACUCAUGCCAGUUUAAUGUCUCCUGGUAGACGCAAAAGUGAAUCUCAAAGAAAGGGUAUCACUUUGUCUGGGCCUCAUUCAACAGUACGAAAUUUCCAAGAUCCAAAUGCAUUUGCAGUAGAAAAACAAAUGGUUAUCGAAAAUGCACGAGAAAAAAUACUGAGCAACAAGUCUCUUCAAGAAAAGCUUGCAGAAAACAUUAAUAAAUUUUUAACUAGCGACAACACUAUUGCUCAAGUACCUAAGCAAACAGAGAGCAACCCUACUGAACCAGAGACUUCAUUUGAUGAACUCCUGGGACUUCAGAGUGAAAUCCACAUGUCUGAAGAAGCAAUACAGGAUAUAUUGGAGCAGACAGAAUCAGAUCCAGCAUUUCAGGCUCUCUUUGACCUCUUUGAUUAUGGUAAAACAAAGAAUAAUAAAAAUGUAUCACAAGGCAUUUCUAAUCAGCAUAUGGAAACCAAUCCCAGUGUAGUCUUAGCAGAUGAAACUAAUCUAGCAGCUAAAAGUUCUUUCGAAACAGAAGAAUCUGAUAACCAGUCUGGUCAGCCCCCAUUUUGUACAUCCUACCAAAAUGAAGACACAGCAGAUGCUUUGAGGAAUGGCAGCAACCACGAUGAGCUGAGACAGGAAGCCCAUGGACAUUUUUCCCAGAUAGGCUCCAGCAUUCAGAAAAAGUCCUUUAAAACAGUUGCACCUACUGAACAGAAGUGUAACCUUGAUAUUACCUUUGAGUCUGUGCCUCAUUUGAAUGACUUUAACCAAAGAGUAAAUUCUAAUGGUGAAUGUAAUCAACAUUGUGCUGAAUUAUACAACAGUCAGAUGUCCACUGAAACUGAAAUGGCUAUGGAAGCUGAAAAUAAUUCUUUGUCUCCAAAUGUGCCAUGUGAAUCUCAAUUACAUCCUAAUCAGUCUGAUAUGCCAAUAACUUCGUUUGUUUCCUUUGGUGGUGAAACUAACGAUGAAAACUUAAUUUUCGCUGAGAAAUGUUCUCAACUUUUAUCCCAAAAUAUUCCAUUAACAGGAAAGCCAUCUAAAGAAAGUGAGUUCUGUGCAAGUUCUAACAAUACAGAAAGACUUAAAACUAAUUUCCAUAAUUCUAAGUCACCCGAUUCUAGAGAAAUUCACCAGAGUAAAACUGAAAUUAAUGAUGUAUUACCAGUUUCAUCACAACAACUUCCAGAUGUCCAAGAUAAUUCUUCACUUCAAAAUAAAAUAUUACCUGUGACUGUUGAAAGUUCAAGUUUAAAUGUAUCUGAACGACAAGUAGAAAUUCAUCUUGGAGACUCAAUAGCUUCAAUUAAACAACCAUCUAAUGAUUCAUCAUCUGUUGAGUUAAAUCAUCCAGAACAGGGAACUCAGCCCUCCAAGUCUGAGAAAGUUGCUUUGGAUUCACAAGAGCCUUCAUCUUCUGUAAAAGAAGAUGGAGAUAGUAUUUUCCUCUCUUUAGGUGAAAAUGGGAACUGUGGGGAAGUUGCACUGGUGCCUCCAGAAGGUAAUCUGAUAGAAGACAGGCCUUCUCUUCCUUCAGAAUCUGUGUGUUCUUCAAUGAGAGAUUUUCAGCCCGAGUCCCAGAAUACUAGCGAUAAGUCUGCUUUGGACAACUCAACGGAGAUAGAUGUUUCAAAUAUUGUCUCUCUCAAAAUUAUCAUCAGUGAUGAUCCAUUUGUUUCCUCAGAUACUGAACUCAACAAUGCUGUUUCAUGUAUCAGUGGAGAAAACUUGCCAACUGUAAUUUUGUCUUCUCCUGCUAAAUCACCUGCCGGAAAUGUAGAAUUAGUUCAGUGCUUGUCUUCAGAAGAAACUGCGAGUGCUGUCCUAUCUGCUGAAGGAGCAGGGGAUUCAGUCUCCGUACAGCAGAGCCUUUUAGCAUUCAACCCUGAAGACACUGUGGUAAAGAACAUUCAGAAUGAAGACAGCAUUGCUUUUUCAGCCAGUCUUACUCCAUGUGUUUCCAAGGAUGGAGGAUACAUACAGUUGAUGCCAGCUACAAGCACAACUUUUGGCAAUUCUAAUAACAUUCUGAUAGCUACCUGUGUGACUGAUCCAACAGCCUUGGGAACAGCUGUGAGUCAAUCUAAUGUUGUGGUGUUGCCUGGAAAUUCUGCACCCAUGAGUGCUCAACCUCCUCAACCUCAGUUACAAACGCCACCAAGGUCAAACAGUGUAUUUACUGUCAGCCAAGCUGUGUCACCCAACUUUUCACAAGGAUCUGCCAUCAUAAUUGCUUCACCAGUCCAGCCUGUGCUCCAGGGCGUGGUGGGAAUGAUCCCUGUAUCUGUGGUUGGACAGAAUGGAAAUACCUUUCCUGCUCCUCCUCAUCAGGCCCUCCAUAUGCCUUUGGCAGCACCUGUAUGCAACAAGAGUACCCCUCAAUUCCCCAUCCCUCCAAAAUCUCAGAAGACUCAGGGACUAAGGAACAAGCCUUGUACAGGAAAGCAGGCAAAUAAUUUGGUGGGUUCAUCAAAUCACUUAGCAGGAUGUCAUGCACAAAGAAGUGAAGUUUCUGACAAUACUAUGACCACAGACCUUGGGAAAAAAUUGGAAGAAAUUACAGUUCCCUUCUCAGUAGAGAGUAUAGUUCCAAGUAGCAAACCAUUUGAAAGCUAUAGACGUGUACUGUGUUUUGACAGCACCGCUUCUCCUGUGGCAGACACACGUGAGACAAAUCAUAAGACAGUGGCCCAAAACAGUGAAAGAUCAUUUCCUGAUCUUGACUCAUCCAUUGUGUCCUCCACUUUAAAACCCCCUUCUAAUACUCUGAAAAGAGAGAGAGAGAAACCUCCUAUGCCUAAGAUUUUAUCUAAAUCAGAAACUGCUAUUAGCCGACAUGCCACCAUAAAAGAAACACAGUCAGAAAAGAAAGUUUCACCAACAGAAAUUGUGCUUGACUCUUUCUAUAAAGCAGCUAAUAAGGAAAAUGAAUUAUGCAGCGAUGUGGAAAAACAGAAAAAUCCAGAGACUUCAAAACUGUCUAAUGGGCAACAAAAUGGGGGUUUAUGGAAUGAGAAAGCUAUAACUUCACUGCAAGAAGUAACUAAAAAACAAGGCACAUCCUCAAGCAGUAAAAAUGUCAUUUCAGUAGGUACAGCUGUAAAGGAUCUAAAACAAGAACAAACAAAGUCUGCCAGUUCUUCAAUUAACCCACUAACCAAACAUACCACAGAAAUGCUGCAGGAUGUUCAGUGGCAUGCCCCAGCAGAUAAGCUCACUGAUACUACUGAUUUACCUGUAUCCCGGAUACCUGGCUCAGGGGUGGGGGAAAAACAUAAAGAAGAACCUACUGAUAGUAUCAAGGUCCCCUCUAGUAGGCGCAUCAGUGAUGACAGUAGCACAGCCAAAGUAAUGGUUCCUCCUGCUACCCCAGACUUGCCUGCCUGCAGCCCUGCCAGUGAAACAGGGAGUGAAAACAGUGUGAACAUGGCUGCCCAUACGUUAAUGAUUCUCUCCAGAGCAGCCAUUUCUAGGACUACUUCAACAACUCCUCUAAAAGACAAUACACAGCAAUUUAGAACAUCUUCAAGGAGCACCACAAAAAAGCGGAAAAUUGAGGAAUUAGAUGAGUGUGAACGAACCUCCCGUACUUCUAACAAAAGUCUUGCAAAUUCACCAAUACCAAUGAAAAAGAAAAAAAUAAAGAAAAAGAAGCUACCCAGUUCAUUUCCAGCUGGAAUGGAUGUGGACAAAUUUUUGUUAUCAUUGCAUUAUGAUGAGUAAACCUUCUGAAUGGUAUAUAAUAAGAACAGUAUCUGUUUAAAACUCAUAUCCCUUAAACUGUGAGUAUAGGGAAUGAGAUAUUGACAAAAUCUGAAAGCAUGACCUGCACUUUCAUGUUACUGCAAUUUCACUUUAUAUCUAAAUAAUGCUGUUUUAUAGCAGCUUCCUAGUUUGUAAAUAGAUUUAUCUGGUAUAUUUUUAUUUGGGGAAAAACAUUUGCAGAAAUGUAAGUAAAGCCAAUCUGCAGAACUGUAUAGCUUUGACAAUUGCAUAUUGUAAAUACUGUGUAAAUCUUGUUGAAAUACAGGUUAAAUCAGCCUAAUGUUCUUAAAUUGUGUUUUUUGAAUUCUUAUGAUUUAAUAAUUCUUACAAUUGUAAUUCUGAGGCUUACUCAUCUGGAAUAGUUUCUCGCUUUUGAGGGAAAUGAUGCUUUUCCUUAUAAAUUGCCCUUGGUGACUGUCCAACAAGACUUAAACACAUAGCCGCUAAGUAGUACAAAAGUGAUAACCACCUCAAACUGGUAGUAAUCAGAAAUUAACAAUUUGGGUGUUUUUCUAGAGUGAAUAUUUACCAUCCCUAUCUAUAAUUGCAGUAAAGAUUAUAUUCCUGAAAUUUUACACUCUAACUGUUCUGGUCUUUGUUUUAAAGAGAAUUUUGUAAACCAUUUGAGUGUUCUGAUCCUUUGUAUCUUUCAAAAUCUUGUACAGAACUUUUAAGUAAGUGUUUAGACUGUUGAGCCAUAAGAAGUUGGUUAUGUAGUAGUUGAGAUUUCCUGGUAUGCAUAUACUUUUCCCCUAAGUACUGGGGAUUUAAAGAAUUGCACUAAUUCAUAGAACUUCUUACAUAGUAGUGACCAGUGUAUGUUUUAUUUAAGUCUUGUAUUAUAUGUUAAAGUUUGUGUGGGUGAAUAUCUUCUGGUGUUCUUUUGGAAAGCCAUGUCCAUCAUAAGAUGUAAAAAGAGAAAUCAUAGUUUUAUAUUUUAAUUUCGUUUUUCCUAAAAUGGGCUGUGUUAAAUAACUGUAACUAUAUCUAUAUUUAGAUAUAGUGCAUUGUCUCUGUGCCCCUUAAAAUGUUACAAAGAAUUACUCUCAGAAAGUCCUUAAGGAGAGUGAAAGAGGUGCCUUCUCUGUAUUAGACUCACACACAUAAGUCAAGGUGAAGAUUUGGCUUAAAUCUUUAAACGACAACAGAAAUUAUAAUUAGUACCUGACCAGUUGUGCCUAUUAAAGUAUAUUCUCUUAAGUGCUUGCUUUUUGGUUAAAUGCCAGUAUUAUUAAGGUUUUUUCUGUAGGUUGUAUAUAUUGUUAAAGAGUCAUUUUCCUCAACCAUUUUUUUUACAAUACUGGGCCAUUAAAAAAAAAAUCUAUCCUACUGUGGAAAUCAUGUUAAUUGCUGUGCUGCAGAAAUUUGUGUUUUAAGAAAUUUUUAUGAUGUGGCAGUGGUCUAUUCCUAAGGAACUAAAUAUCACACAGUUAAUGUUUAUUUAACUCAACUGUACUACAGUUAGAUUUGAAUAAAUAUUUUCAUUAACUUCAAAA